AUGUCUAAAAGGUUUACGAAGCAAAGUAUAAAUUGGGCCCAACUUCAGAAGCUAGUGCCGCCAGAUGAAAAGGGAAAAUUCCUAGCAUUUAAGGCAAAGGCAGAUUCAUAUCUCCGACGGGUGAACGCGAAUCCACCUGAGCUACCUAAAAUAGACUGGAAAAAGUAUCAGACCCUGGUGCCAGUAGCUGGAAUGGUAGAGAAGUUUCAGAAAGAGUACGAGGCUUAUAAGGUGCCUUAUCCUGACGAUAAAGUUUCGGCUACUAUUGACGAGCAAUGGAAAUCGCUGGAACCGCAGAUCAAGGCAUAUUGUGACGAAAGAGAACAUGAUAUAAAAGAAGCAACUAAGGAAUUGGAUGCUAUGAAGAAGUUGCCAAAGUUUGGAGAAAUGACAAUGGAAUCACUGUACGACUUGUAUCCAGAGCAAGCGCUAGAUCCGGUGAAAAGGCCAACAUUUUGGCCUCACGACGAAGAAAGCGAGCUCGGAUAUGUAAGAAAGCAAAAAGUGACGAAGUAG